GCUAGCCAAAGCUAUCGACAUUUUCACUCAUACCUGGUCGUUGUCCGUGGAGGCUCAGUUUUGUUGUCUUGUUCCGUUUAUAUUUCUUAUUGCGACAAGGCUUUCUUCCAAGCUUCAGCUUGCGUAUUAUGCCAUUCUAGGACUGUGCUCAUAUGCAUUUUUCUGUUUCACACCUGACAAUACUUCUUUCAACAGCGUUUUUGCUAGGAUCUGGCAAUUUCUCAUUUUUUUACUGACUUACUGAAUUUACUGAGCUAAUGCGCGUUGUAGAGCAUAUCGAUGGCUCAAAAAUUA